ACUGAUGUAUGCCAACACCCGGUGUGGGACACAAUACCUCCCCGUUAUUACAUGUGUUCCCUGUGCCCACAGGCUCAGCUAAUCCCCUUCCCCAAAGUGGCAGUCUUCAAGUGCUCCUCCCCUGUACUCACCCCUCUAACCUGUCCCAGCUCCCCAUUCACCCUGUCUCCCUAGCCUCCCUCUCACUGCCCCUGAGUCCUCUUUCCCACAACCGUUCUUGAUCCUCUGUGUUUUGUCUCUUCAUCUCCCAUUUGGGGUGUUUAGAAAGAUGGUCACAACCUCCCUAAAAUUAUUUCCCAACCCAUCCCACUAAUGGGCCAUAACCCGCAGUUAGAUAAAAGAAGAUUAGAAGAUAUUGAGGUGAGAUCAAGGUAUUUGCAGUCAUUGCACUCUUUUAGAUUUAAGGUAUCAGAACUUCAGGAACAUCAUAAUUUGGAACGGGUCACGUCCCAGAUAUUCUGGUGAAAUGUUUUAUACUAUUUAGUUCUAGGUAACUGGAACCUAGGGUUGGUGGGAAGAGGGUGGAAGGAGGUGGGAAGUGGUAAAAAAUGAGACUGGAGACAUAAACGAGGUGAGAUGAUAUACUAAGGAGUUUCAGCUUUACCCUAAUCAUCAAAGAGCUGUAAGCUGGGGGAGUGGACAUGGUUAGUCUUGAGUUCUAGGACUGGCUGUGAUGUGGAGAAUGAGUUGGAAAGGGUGAGACUGGAAGUGUAGAGAUCAUUCCGAGGCUUUUUGCAGUAAGCUAGACAGAAGUGCACUAAAUCAGUGGUUAUGGAAACAGAGGACAGUAGAUUUCAGACACACCCAACUCAGCGGGGCUGUUUGGGGAAUCUGAAAAUUCUAAUCUCUAGGAUUUGAUAGCUCUUAAUCCGUCACCCAGCUUCUACCAGUUUACACAGGAUUCUUUAUUGUAGUCCUUGGAGAUCACCACAGUGCUUCAUAACCUAAGUUUUUAGAGUUCGUUCUAGAACCCGAUGAGAUCCAACUAAAACACCAUUUUAGCACAGCCGUAUGUUACCUCUAGGAUAUAUCUAGCCUGUUUGGGAUUCUGAUCUCCCAGAGCUUCAGAAGUGAUGAUUCUGCCUUCUCCCCCACCCUUCUCUUUUUUCUAACAUUACCAGAGGGCAAGAACUAAAAGUCACAUCUCCAGUUUCAGAUGUUAAUUGUCAUACGGGCCCUCUGAAGUAUGCUGCUAUCAGGUAGCAUAGCAGUUUUUUCCCCCCUUUUCAGAGGUUCUGUCUAUGAAAUGUUUAAAAAAGGUUUAAAAAUGGGAGGAAAAAUGUCUUGAGUUUCAAAAACAAAGACCAGUACCACAAAGCUUUAGAUUUUAAACAAUUGAUUGUUAGGAUUGCUGUGAAGAUUAGCUACUCUUUAAUCUUAUUUCUGGUGUGGGGUUCAUGCAGUGUGGUGGUCGGCCUGCUGUUGACCAUUGCAAAAGCUUCAUUCAGUGUUCCGCAUGAAUGCUUAAGGAAUCUGUGCCUCGUAUGCAUAUGUUACAAAUUAUCUGGAGUUUGUAAUCUAUGCGGAGUCUUCCCCCUACUGUUCUAAAUCACUGGAAAAUGCAUAUUGGAAAAAGGCAUGUAUUUAAAUCUGUUUUAAUUCGUACCUAUUGUAGCUUGAGAGAGUCCUUGAGAGCCAAUGGAAAUACUUUUUUUUUUCUUGGCACUAAUCAAUCGAGUGUUAUCUUGUCACUUAGUGGGAUGUAUUGUUAUUCCUUAGUAAAAUACAAACUUGUGUGUGUUCUCAACAUUUUAGGAAUAACAGCCAUUAUUUUAUUUUUAUAUAUGUGUUCUUGGCUGUAUCAUAAAUUACAUAUUUUGAACUAUCAAGUAAUACUUCAUUCAAUAUAAAUUGAUACAAUAGAAUGGAAGUUAUUUACUUAGAUAUGUUUUCUAGUUGCAUUUUCUCAGCCUGUGUACGACUAUUUUGUUGUAAUAGCCUGAAUUUUUGAAACUCACAAUAAUGUUUCUCUAAUAUCUACCUUCAGAUUUCUUCAUUUAUUCGAAUAAGUCAAUUAUGUUUGUAAUUGAUAUUAAUAAAACCAGAAUAAAGUUCAUAUCUAUCAAAAACUGCUUUUAUUAUUAUUAUUUUAAAUUUACAGAUACUUUCUCUAAAUGGAAGGAGCUGCUUUAUGAUUUAGAAAGAAGAGUGUGAUAGGUCAAAAAGAACCUCAACCUUAUAUUUGAUUUCUCCAUUGCCAUAUAAAAUCUUAAGGAAUUUUUAUUUAUUCAUUCAUUCAUUCAUCCAUCCAUUCAUUCAUUCAUUUGUUCGUUUAGCAAAAAAUUACUGAGCUGCUUUUGCAUGCCAGCCAUUGAUUUAGGUGCUGGAAAUAUAUCCGCGAACAAAAUCGAAGAAAACCCCCUGCCUUCAAAGAGUCUUACAUUCUGGUAGAAGCCAAUAGGAUAUUUAAAAAUAAGCAAUUUAAAACAAUUAGCACAAUAGAAAGAAGGCUACUCAAAUAUGAUGUUACUAGAUAUCAGCUUUAUUGACCUUAUAAUGUUUGAGCUCUUUUUUUCUUUUUCUUUUCUUUUUUUUUUUUUAAGUAGGCUCCAUGCCCAGCAUGGGGCUUGAACUCAUGAGAUCUAAAGUCGCAUGCUCUGCCCACUGAGCCAGCCAGGUGUCUUGGAAUGUUUAAGCUCUUAUCUUUCAUUGUAUGUUAGUCAUAGAGGUUCAGUUUGCCUUUUCUUUAUUAAGAAUGAGUUACAUGAUUUUAUAUUAGACCUUUUUAUUGUGAUAUGUCCAGUUGUCACUGACAUUUGCCCCAUGAAGCAGCAAAGUGCAACAUUGUUCAUAUUCAAUCAGUUAUUAGAUAAUGAGCACCUCUAUUCAGUCUUCUCCAUAACCAGGUAAUGUCCCUUCUCUCUUUUGCAAAUUAGGAGACAUGGUUAAUUGUUGAGUUUUGAGGGAUCAGAGUUGCGCCUGUUUUUGAACAGUAUAAAAGAAUAUUUUUCCUUUAUAUAAGUAAUAUAACCACAUUACAAAAUUAAGAAGAAAAAUCCGUGGAGAUACUUUAACUUCAUGGUAGCAUAAUCACAUAUCUAUGAAAUGUUAUUUUUCAAAAGGUGGUGAAUCUGAUUUUUUAAAAAAGAUUUAUUUCUUUGAGAGAGAGGGAAGGGGCAGAAGGAGAGAAUAUCCAAGCAGACCCCCACUUGAGCCCAGAGCCUGAAGCCCGAAGCAAGGCUCUAUCUCAUGAGCCAUGAGAUCAGGACCUGAGCCAAAUCCAAGAGUCCAAUGCUUAGCUGACUGAGCCACCCAGGUGCUCCAUGAUUUUAAUUCCAGUAAAUUUUCACGCACCAAAAAAAGAAUGAGAGAUCCACAUGCUUUUUGUUCCAUUGAACUCCAAGGAAAUAUUUGGGUCAUUCAUACUUAUUAUUUGAUUCAUGCUGUUCUGUCUGCCUACUGCUUCUCGUAAGCAGAUUGCCCGAUGAGUAAGGUCUAUUCCUGUAGUUAGUUAGGAUUCCUUUUCUCCCCUUUUCUUUGUAUGUCAGUAUUAGUCACCAUAUUCUUGCCAAGACUACAGACCUUUGAAAAUAGUAAAGUGAUCGGCUUUUAUAGAUAAAGGGGAAAGAGGAGCAAAAAGUUAAAGAAGCUAUGCUAGUACAGCCAGGUGUUUCUGCAACUUGAAGAAUCUAGAGCAUGUUUAUGCAACAAUGUUACUUAGCAUGUAACAAACCUAAGUCUAGGUAUAACACAGAUCUCACGUUAUCAAACAAAAAUAAUUUUAAAAUACUUCUACAUACCAAUAAAACUAAAAAGCAGAAAAUCAAGCUGGUGUUCCUUUAACAUUGGAUGAUGUGGCUUAGCUGAAACUUACUUGCUUUCCAGAUUCUGAUACUGACUGCUACAGUUUGUUAUUCUUACCAUGUGCUUUGUGAUAAAACUUCAGGGCUUUUUCUACUUGAACUAACAUUUAUUUAUAAGUAGUCUCCACGUGGUGUGACUAUCAUUUUUGUUGUUAUAAUGGCUAACACUUAUUGCGUACAAGCUAUUAGGCAGACACUGUUUUAAGUGCUCUGUUUGUAUUUUUUCACUGAACACUCCCAACAAAUCUAUGAUGGAGGUACUGUUAUUGGCCCCACCUAACAGAUGGAGAAAUUGAGGCACAGUGAGAUUAAUUCAUCUAAUGUCACAAAGCUAGCAGGUGGUGAAGUUAGACUGAGCAGUCUGUCUCCAUGCUCUUAACCACUUGUUUAUAUUGACCCCUUUAUGAAUCAUCAGCCCACCUUUUAAAAAUGUUGACAAUUGAAGUAAGUUUUUGGCAACAGCGUGAUCAUGAACAAUCUAAUGCAGUAGCAAAGACGCAUAGCAACACAGAUGGAUGUCAUCAUGCUCAUACAUGUUACUUUACAUAGAAAGAGAACACAAGUUUUAAAAAUUCUUGCAAGUAAUUCAUGGUGUUCUAAGAUUGUAAGCACAGUGGAAAACAUUUGAUUUGGAAGUCCCAAGGAAAGGUGUUGAAACAUAAGGCUUUAAUUGUCAAAGACUCAGUUCACUCGAAUCUUCAUAUAAAUGAUGGUAUUUAUUGAACUACCAAAUCCUCUUAAAGGAAGUAAGUUUGAACUGCAGAAGGAUUUUACAAAGUAGAAUUACUUUUUGGUGGUAAAAGCAGGUAAGGAUAUGGUUUACCAGAAGGAGGACAUGAAGUGUCCAUUACCUAAGCCUGCCAUCAUUCACCUAAUGUGUAUAUGGUUUAGGUAGUCUUCUUAGAGGUGAUGAGGAUGAGAUGGGCUGUUGGUAAUUUAUAAUGUAAAUGUGCCAAAGGAAGUAGAUAUGCAUAUGAAGAAAGCUAAAAAUAGAAUUAGAAAAUAAAUCGGAGAGUGCAGAGAGUAACCCAGGUAAAUACGGUUACUUCCGCUAAAUAUUAAAAUGAGCUCUUUAUAAACUUCCUGGCAGCUAUGGCAAAAAGGUAAAUUCAGUGAUUUUCUAUACUUUUCAGUGUCCACUAAAGAGAGGAAUACCAGGUCCUAGUUUUGAAACCUAAAUUUACGGGAAAGAGGCUCUGAGAGUGACCUUGGAUAAGCUCUUACCUUUCCCUUAGUUCUCUAUUCAGUUAAAUAGGAAUGUAUCACAUAUCUUCCAUAUACGUGUGAUACACUCCCCAGACGCUUCCUCCAGGACUAAGACACUAGUCAGUGUCCUUGCCCCCACCCCCCCCCAGCUGCUUGGAGCACUGAUUGGUCACGGCUUCCAGGUGAAUUCCUGGAAGGACAUUCCCUUUGCCCAAGGGAGCUGUCUCUCCCGAGGUUAGACUCCCUCUCCAGGGUCAGCCUGCAUCCAGCGGCUGGCUAAUACUGAAAUACCAAGGUACAGCCUCCUUGCCCCAGUUCAGGACAACUCUGAAGGUUCAUCCCAGUUCCCUCACCUCCCUGUAGGUUAGCUGAGGCCUCUGUUGCGACUUCCUUGUCUGCCCAACCCUGUUCCGGUCAGUCUCUCCCAGGUGUUCUCAAGAGCCCUUCUCAGUAAGCCCGCCGCACUGAGUCCUCAGGCUCUUUCCUGGUACCCUCUCUUUUAGCAUUCAAGUAAACAUUAGGAAUAAUAAAUAUAAUCUGCUUAGCCCAAAUCUCAGCAUACAGUAGGCGCUGAGAAGAAUGGUAGUUAUGGUUUUUACCUUCAUUGCACGGGACAUUGAGCCACAUAUGGAAAAUGUUUGAUUUUUUGUAGACUAUGUUUUUCAUAUGGCUCUUGCUUUUAGCAACCAUCAUAAAGGUAAGAGUAAAAUAUAAAAAUGCUACCAAAUGAGCUAUAAAAAGUGUUAUGAUUGCCUGAAUUUCUUUCUAACAAUUUCCUAAGUAAGUUCAGGUUGCCCAAGGACAAAUGCAUAAACUUAAAACAUGCUUAUUUUCAGGUUUUUCAUAGAAAAGGUAUUUGUCAGCAUAUGAAGAUGUGUUCUUUUCAUGCAUUUAUGAUCUGUGGUUUACACCAUGGAAAUGCAAAAAAAAAUCCCACUUUUUGAAGUACAGUUGACCCUUGAACAACAUGGGGGUUGGGGACACCAGCCCCCUUGCGGUCAAAAGUCUGGGUAUAACUUUUGACUCCCCAAAAACUUAACUGUUAAUAACCUGCUGUUGACCAGAAGACUUGCUGAUACUAUGAGCAGUUGAUUGACAUACUUUGUGUGUUAUAUGUUUUAUGUACUGUAUUCUUACAAUAAAAUAAGCCAGAGAAAAAAUAUUAAGACAAUCAUAAGAAAGAGAAAAUACAUUUACAGUAAUGUAUUUAUUAAAAACAAAUUCACGUGUAAGUGGACCCUUGUAGUUCAAACCCGUGUUGCUCAAGUGUCUACUUUAAUUCAGUAUUUACCCUUCAUAAAACAAUUGUCUGAAUCUUGUCCCAGAUUCAGUCAAGACUAAUGCUUGUACCCAGAUACCUUGAUGGAGGAUUUCUAAUAACCUUACUCUUUAGAUGAUUUUUGCCUAGAUGUCACAACCAAAUAUGCAAAAUUGACUUAGGGAAAGAAUUUGUAUUAUAGAUUAUCUUUGCAUAGUAGAUGGUAGUUUUUAGUAAAAAAAAAUAACUACAAAACUUUCGCGGUUCACAUUGAAAGGAAUAAGGUGGCCCACUGUUUUGGGGGGAAGGAACUGCUCUGCACCCUUUUCCUUUUAAACACUGGUCUCAUUGCUAGUAGAAAGUACCCUGUGUUUGGGAAGCAGUACAAUGUCGUAGUGGUAAAGCUGUGUGAGGUCUUUUUGUAACGUGUGUGUACAUGUAUGUGUCUGCAAGUGUAGUUCUAAAUUAUGGACCAAUUAGCAUGCAUUGCAGGAUGUUUGUAUGGGAGGCCUUUAUGGAUGAAUGAUUCUCCCCUGCCAUCUAGAAAUAUUUUCGAUAGCACUCUUGAAUAUGAUUUUUUUUUAGUUCUCACAUAUUAAUAAAAGUUAACAUUUAAAAUAUCAUCUGAAUAGCACUUCAAAGUAGUUUCCCAGGGUGUGCAGUACUGAGGAAACGAUCGAACAGAGAUGCUAAUACAGCAACUUCAGAAGUGAUGGAGGAGGUCGUGGGAAAAUAAUCUAAUCCAGGUUAAUUCUUAACCAAACAACUGAUUUUUUUUCCUCCCAUUUAGAUGGGGAGGAAGUUCUAGACAAAUAGUGGUCUGUGACUGUCUUUGAUGCCUGUGACUGUCUGUUGCUGCUUGUGUCUGAAAUAGUUGAGUAGUUCAGUAAGCCCUAAUUUUUUGACCUGUCUUAUUCUCAGUAGAGAAGCACUUGAGGAUGUCAUGCCUAGAAGGAUUCUCAUAUCCCAGAGAAGCCCUUAAACAUGACCACACUUACUAGGUAUGGUUUGUACGGUGUUGAUGCUGACAGGCGUUGCUCUAUGAGCGCCCAUAUGGUUUACCUACAUAAUAGGGGUAAAGCCCAUAUGGUUUACCUACAGUAUAGGGGUAAAAAUUUGGGGUCCUAUGAAUCUAGUGCCUUGGGCAAUGGAAGAUGUUUGUUUUUGACAAUUAGUAUUGUCCUCCUCGAGGGUUUCUCUUCUUCAUAAUCUCAAUGGACAAGACUCUCACCUGCUAGCAUGGAGGAACCUAGAAAAUUUAGAGGAGCCGAUGCUCACUGAGGAUCAGAAUUUCCUGAAUUAUUUGUUCCAUGCAAGAAUCUCUCCCUCAUGAAGACAGUACUGACCAGUUAUAGACACAAAAGUGAGUCGUUCAUAGCCACAUUUGGAAGGCGCUGCAAGCUGAAAGAAUUCAAUCCUGGACAGUUCCCCACAGAGACUGGGGCUCCAGAGAGCUGGUUCGAUGCCCAGAACUGAAUGCUGUGCUCCAGCUGUGGCCUCACCGGUGCUGAAUAGAGAGGAAGAGCCACCUCCAUAGCUUACAUGUGAUUCCUCUGCUUAUACAAUCCAAUACUGGAUUUACUUACUUUGGCAAGACAGCUGCACUCUGCACUGUAUUUAAUGUUACGUGUACUGUAACCCUGGGUCUUUCUCUGCAUUGCUGCCGUUACACCCCCAAUCCUGCCAAUCUAAAACUCCUCCCUUUGUUUACCUGCCCCCCUCCCCCGUAGACCCCCCCUUGCCUUCAUCCACAAUGAAUGUCAUCUUUAUGCUCUCAUUUCCUUUCACUCCAGUCUUAAACUUUGGCAGAACUUUCCCUCUGUCUAUAAAUUUUCAGUUGUCAGCCAUCUUGCUUUGGUAAUGGGACACUCUUUCAAGUCUUCUCUGGUUCUUUUCCUGUUGGAGUCGUUGAACACUUGGCAUUUCUUCCAAAUCGAAUACCUCCGAAUUCCUCUGAUUUGAACACCUGAUCAAGUUGUUACCUAUCCUUUAGUUCUUCUUUCCAGAUUUUCUUGACUCCUCCUGACCUCUUCCCCAGGGAGGACAUUGUAAUACUGAUUUACCAUGGAAAUUUCUAGCAAUAAGGAAAGUGUUAUUCUUCUCAAUUGUGAAUAGACUGGUCUUUAAUAAUUUUAAGCGAAUUCUUUCCCUGCCCCCGCCCCGAGAUCUUAAUUUAAAAAAACAAAAACUAGGUUAAAUUACCAUACAUUUCUAAGACAAGUGAGGUAACGAGAGAAAGAAGGGCAGUGAGGUAUUUGUGUUGAGUAGGAAAUGGCCUUCCAAGAAAGCUAAACUGAGAUUCUUGUUGGGUUUGGCAUGGCUGUUUGAGAUGGGAGGUGACACUUUGUUUUUCCUAGAUUCUGGAGCAUUCUCUUAAUCUCAGAUUUAGAGUAGGUUUUUAAGUUGGCUUAUUUAGGACUGUUGACACAGACACACAGUCAUUUAAUUGCCUGCUUUGGUUCAUCAUUUAGAGUGUGGGAAGUGUAACUUUUUCUGAUUGGAAGGUCUCCAUAUGCUCCUUUUAUCCAUUUCUAAAGUCCCUGCAGUUCCACCGAAUUCCAGUGUCUCCUGUAGUGGUGGUCAAGUUCAUGUCUGAGUUCUCACUUUUUUUUUUUUUUCCUAUCUUAGUUGAUGUGUCCCUAUUCAAACAGCCUCUCCUUGGAUCUGCGGAUCUUUUACUGAACCCAGAAGGAGCUGGAGUCAGAUGGCAGCACUAUGGAGGAGUAUUCACAGGAGGACUGGGGAAACCACAGUCAGGAUCUCCAUGGCUAUCCAACAGAUCAGGAAUUGGAUGAAAUACCUGUCACAAAGAGAACAUUAAAAAUAAAACAAGAGUCUUCUGAAGAAGCACAGAAGAGAGACAUCAUGCAAAAUAUCGUACAGAUUUUGGAAUCAGUCCAAUUGAAAUGGGAACUGUUUCAGAGCUGGACGGACUUUUCAAGGCUUCAUCUUUCUAACAAACUGGCCAUUUUUGGAAUUGGUUAUAAUACCCGUUGGAAAGAGGAUAUCCGUUACCAUUAUGCGGAGAUCAGCUCCCAGGUGCCCCUUGGCAAGCGACUGCGGGAGUACUUCAACUCUGAGAAGCCCGAGGGACGGAUCAUUAUGACCCGCGUGCAGAAAAUGAACUGGAAAAAUGUUUACUACAAGUUUUUAGAGAUCACCAUUAGUGAAGCUAGGUGCCUGGAGCUGCACAUGGAAAUUGACUGGAUACCCAUUGCCCAUUCCAAACCAACUGGUGGAAACGUGGUUCAAUAUUUAUUACCAGGAGGCAUUCCCAAAAGUCCAGGCCUUUAUGCCAUUGGCUACGAAGAAUGUAUGGAGAGGCCCCCUUCGCCACACCUGGAGCGACGUUCUCUGGACCCGGGAAAGGAGGGCCGGGUUGACUUGGAGACCCUCUCUGCACAAGCCUCAUUACAGGUGGAAAUUGAACCCACCCGAAUAAUCUAUUGCUACCUCGGGAUUGCUGAGGUCAGGACUCUCCAGCAAUGCUUAUUUUUACAUUUCCAGGCAAAUACCAAAACCUUCAGCAAAGAUUGGGUUGGUAUUAAUGGGUUUUUGUCUCAGAACUGUAUUGUGGAUCCUGGAGUUUCCCCCAAAUCCAUCUAUAUCAAAUUCGUCGAAGUAGAGAGGGAUUUUCUUUCCGCUGGCUCUUUAGUUGAGUGCCUGGAAAAAGCCAUUGGAUACCCCUUAAAAUUUAACAACUGAAUGUCAUCCUUCAUAAGGAUUUGGGCUCUUACCUCCCUCUUCUCUAUUCACUUUGCAUUACUCAGACUGCCCCUCACCCAGAUGCUGCCAUCAGACUCUUCAUGGACACUCUUUCCACAAUCGGGCCAGUACAACUUCGGCGGAAUCAUACUAGACCUUGGGCAGAAAAAACAGACCUCACUUGAAAAUGCUUAUUUUGAGCAAGCAAGAAAUACAGCGAACUUGCAUGGUGGGUCAGCUGUUUCUUUUUUAAAAAACAAAAAGACAAUUUUUAAAUGGAUUUUAGAGCCCUAAUAUAAACAAAUGUAGGUACAUUCCAUAUUGGACAAAACUUAUACUUUGAGUUUCAUAUGAAAUUGAGAAAUUGUAUUUUUUUCACAAUGUUUCAUUUUUACACAUCUCUAUGUCUCUAUAUAAGUAUUAUUUACAACCCUGAAUAAAUAAGCAAUAGAUAAUGGCAAGUUAAAUCUUGAGUCACAGUAAAUAAGACUGUUUUUCAAUAUCACCCUUAGCUACUAUUGUAUAUAAUUUAGUGUUUCAUUUUUUUCACCAACCAAGUGUUUUGCUAUUCCCAAUCAGUGUUGCCUGCAAAGACCUUUGUUUCUGUGAUGUACCAACUUUACGGAUGUGUUGCCAUUUAAACUUUUUAAAAAAAAAUUAUUAAAGUAAUUCUUGGCCUCUUGGA